CCCUUCCACGCCUCUGCGGGCCAAGGUCACCAAAUGACCUGAUCCCAUCCCCCACCCGCCGUCAAUGCUGCCGACUCUGGCCGCUCUGCCUCGUUCCCUUCCAAGAAGUUUCCAUUCGUUUUAUUUGUUUUCUCCAGCACAAGGUCCUCGGAAGACUCCAGCGUGGAUUUUAAUUGCCUCAAUCAGCAGUCAUCCUCCCCAGCCAUCACUCAGAGCCUGGACAGUGGGCCCUGCGAUCUAGCCCUUGGCUGCGCAGAACUGUGCGCCCGGGGGACGGCGCGGUUCAGCAGGCAGGCGUCAGGCUCUACUAAGGCGCUGAAAUGAGCCCAUCAGCGGGUAGGAGCCCUUCACCCGCCGUCUCCUCCCCAGGCUCGUGAGAGGCGCUUGAUGCUGGCCGGGCGGCGCGAUCUCUCGAGGUCGCAGCGACCUCAGCACCAGCUAGGAGGAAGGCGGCGACGGAACCCCGCUUCCUUCCCCUCAGCUGGCCUCAGACCUCAAACAACACCCCAGUCUGUGCACACAGAAAACUACUCUGGGCCACAUCCCGCCUCGCCGAUGUGUCCCCAGUCUGCCUCUUGCUGAGGCCGACGCGCAGCGGCGGUGGCAGCACCCGGGACAGCGGCCGCCGGCACUUCUCGCCUCUGGCUCGCCACAGGACGCUUUGGCACGCCUCCCACCCUCGCACUCUGACUCCAGCUGGCGUGCACAGUCUGCCUCGCAACCUCACGACUCAGCUCCCUCCCUCUCUCCUGGUUUUUCCUCCGCCACCCCCACAUUCAUCCCCACUGGGCUCCCUCUCCCUCAAAUGCUCUCGGGCUCUCGGCGCUUUCCUGAGUCCGGGCUCCGAGGACCCUUAGGUCGUCCCCGUCUCUUUUAAGGCUCCGCGGCUUCCAAAGCAUUGCCACGUCCCUAAACCCUGUCUCCAGCUCGCGCACACACACACGCACACUCAGACACGCGCGUUUUCUAUCCCGACGUGACACCCGCCCUCGCCGCGCGGCCCCGCCGGUCCCCGCGCGGUGCCCUCCUCCCGUCACACGGGCACGCACGCGCGCGGAGGGCCAAGCCCAAGGCAGCUCGCCCGCAGCUUGCACUCGCAGGUGACCUGCUCCAGUCUCCAACGCCGAUGGCAUCUCCGGGCUCCGGCUUUUGGUCCUUCGGGUCUGAAGAUGGCUCCGGGGAUCCCGAGAAUCCCGGCACAGCGCGAGCCUGGUGUCAAGUGGCUCAGAAGUUCACGGGCGGCAUCGGAAACAAACUGUGCGCCCUGCUCUACGGAGACGCGGAGAAGCCGGCGGAGAGCGGCGGGAGCCAAACCCCGCGGGCAGCCGCCCGGAAGGCCGCCUGCGCCUGCGACCAGAAGCCCUGCAGCUGCUCCAAGGCGGAUGUCAACUACGCGUAUCUCCAUGCAACAGACUUGUUGCCGGCGUGUGAUGGGGAAAGACCCACUUUGGCGUUUCUGCAGGAUGUUAUGAACAUUUUACUUCAGUAUGUGGUGAAAAGUUUCGAUAGAUCAACCAAAGUGAUUGAUUUCCAUUACCCUAAUGAGCUUCUCCAAGAAUAUAAUUGGGAAUUGGCAGACCAACCACAAAAUUUGGAGGAAAUUUUGAUGCAUUGCCAAACAACUCUAAAAUAUGCAAUUAAAACAGGGCAUCCCAGAUACUUCAAUCAACUUUCCACUGGAUUGGAUAUGGUUGGAUUAGCAGCAGACUGGUUGACAUCAACAGCAAAUACUAACAUGUUUACCUAUGAAAUUGCCCCAGUAUUUGUGCUUUUGGAAUAUGUCACCCUAAAGAAAAUGAGAGAAAUCAUUGGCUGGCCAGGGGGCUCUGGCGAUGGGAUAUUUUCUCCAGGUGGCGCCAUAUCUAACAUGUAUGCUAUGAUGAUCGCGCGCUUUAAGAUGUUCCCGGAAGUCAAGGAGAAAGGAAUGGCUGCUGUUCCCAGGCUCAUUGCCUUCACGUCUGAGCAUAGUCAUUUUUCUCUCAAGAAGGGAGCUGCAGCCUUAGGAAUUGGAACAGACAGCGUGAUUCUGAUUAAAUGUGAUGAGAGAGGGAAAAUGAUCCCGUCUGAUCUUGAAAGAAGGAUUCUUGAAGCUAAACAGAAAGGAUUUGUUCCUUUCCUCGUGAGUGCUACAGCUGGAACCACCGUGUAUGGAGCAUUUGACCCCCUCUUAGCUGUCGCCGACAUUUGCAAGAAGUAUAAGAUCUGGAUGCAUGUGGAUGCAGCUUGGGGUGGUGGAUUACUGAUGUCCCGAAAACACAGGUGGAAACUGAGUGGCGUGGAGAGGGCCAACUCUGUGACGUGGAAUCCACACAAAAUGAUGGGAGUCCCUUUGCAGUGCUCUGCUCUCCUGGUUAGAGAAGAGGGAUUGAUGCAGAAUUGCAACCAAAUGCAUGCCUCCUACCUCUUUCAGCAAGAUAAACAUUAUGACCUGUCCUAUGACACUGGAGACAAGGCCUUACAGUGCGGACGCCACGUUGAUGUUUUUAAACUCUGGCUGAUGUGGAGGGCAAAGGGGACUACCGGGUUUGAAGCGCAUGUUGAUAAGUGUUUGGAGUUGGCAGAGUAUUUAUACAACAUCAUAAAAAACCGAGAAGGAUAUGAGAUGGUGUUUGACGGGAAGCCUCAGCACACAAAUGUCUGCUUCUGGUACGUUCCUCCGAGCUUGCGUACUCUGGAAGACAAUGAAGAGAGAAUGAGUCGCCUUUCAAAGGUGGCUCCAGUGAUUAAAGCCAGAAUGAUGGAGUAUGGAACCACAAUGGUCAGCUACCAACCCUUGGGAGACAAGGUCAAUUUCUUCCGCAUGGUCAUCUCAAACCCCGCAGCGACCCACCAAGACAUUGACUUCCUGAUUGAAGAAAUAGAACGCCUUGGACAAGAUUUAUAAUAACCUAGCUCACCAAGCUGUUCCACUUCUCUAGGUAGACAAUUAAGUUGUCACAAACUGUGUGAAUGUAUUUGUAGUUUGUUCCAAAGUAAAUCUAUUUCUAUAUUGUGGUGUCAAAAUACAGUAGAGUUUAAAAAUCAAUCAAAAAAGACAUUGCUCCUUUUAAAAAUCCUUUCUUAAGUUUAGAAUACCUCUCUAAGAAUUAGUGACAAAAGGCUGUGUUCUAAUCAAUAAGGAAAAGCUUAAAAUUAUUAUAAAUACUUCCCUUACUUUUAAUAUAGUGUGCAAAGCAAACUUUAUUUUCACUUCAGACUAGUAGGACUGAAUAGUGCCAAAUUGCCCCUGAAUCAUAAAAGGUUCUUUGGGGUACAGUGAAAAGGAUAAAGUAAAUAUAAAAUGUAUGUUGACAAUAAAAACUCUUGCCUUUUUCAUAGUAUUAGAAAAAAAUUUCUAA